AUGACACUCUGUAUGAAGUGCCUCUCAAAAUGCCUGAAUUUGACCUGGUACCAUCCCAAAUGGAAGAUAGUAUUGUAUAAUAUGAAACCAAUAAAGUUUGUAAAAUAUGUGCCGUUCAGUUGA